AUGGGCCGUAGGAUGCGCAUCUAUCCGGCGCUUAUAUGCUUCAUGAUCACCUUAUCACCUCUCUUUGCCUUUAUUCCUGGCAUUGAUGGACCAGUGACAUCUCAGGAAGCGUUAGAGGGAGACAAGACAACAUUAUUCUGCGAUUCAACAACAGAUUAUCAAAAUGACGAACUGAUGCUUUUAGUCUGGUACAAAGAUAAUGUGCCUAUUUAUAGUUAUGACGCUCGAAUCUCCAGCGAGUGGUCGAGUUCAUCAUAUAAUACUAGUGCUAGACUGAAGGCCAAUAUAGAAACACAGCCUACUUCCCUCUUAAUAACUGCGUUAAGAGGUGACGACCAAGCAUUGUAUCACUGCCGUGUAGACUUCCUUUUGGCACCGACCAGGAACGUAGGAGUGAAUUUAACUGUAAUUGUUCUUCCAAGUCAACCAUUUUUUCUUGAUGAACUUGGUAACAAAGUAGAAAGGAGAAUAGGACCAUACCACGAAGGAGAUACUUUAGUAUUAAGUUGUCUCGUGAUAGGAGGUCGACCACCACCUAGAAUAAGCUGGUAUUCUGGAAAGGACCUGGUCGACGAAUCAGACGGUGUGAGUGACAUACCAGGAGUUAGAGAGAAUGUUCUAUACCUUCCUCUCACUCGCAGUAAUACUGACUCACUCUCGUGUAGAGCCAGCAAUACCCACCUCAUUGCACCACUGCGUGCCGCUCUGCAAAUUGAAAUAUUUUUACCGGCAUUCAACGUAACAAUAAACUGGGAGCGAGGGGUGAUUGACGGCGCACUGCGAGCGGGCAGACCGGCUGUCGUGAAAUGUGUCACCCUCGGUUCUUACCCUCAACCCGAGAUCACGUGGUGGCUGGACCACCGACAUCUUACACAACACAGCAAUCAGAGUUGGGAUAAUGUGACGCGGAAAGCGGAGUCGUUUCUGGAGUUCACGCCAGCGGUAAACGAAAAUGGCGCCACACUAGCUUGUGUCGCCACGAACACCGUUAUGGCACCAGGACGGGACUCCAAAGCUGAUGUCAUAAUUUUAAAUGUUACCUAUAGCCCAAUAGUAGAAGUAUCAAAACUAGGAGAUGGAAGACUGAAUGAAGUGGUUGAGCUGGACAGCUUGCACCUGGAGUGUGAAGUUAAAGCUAACCCACCCGUAUUAAGUUUUACUUGGUAUUUUAAUGACUUAGAGAUACGACCAAACAAUUUGUGGGGCAGUCAAAUUGCGUCUCAAACCUUGUCAAUAGAUGAGGUCACGAAGAGGCACGCUGGUCGAUACUCCUGUGGCGCUCGAAAUAAUGUCGGCGAGACUAGAGCGGAACCGGUCAAUAUAACCGUGUUAUAUCCACCUGCAUGUCAUGAGCAUGGCAUAACUUUAGUUAAAGAAGCGUUGAAAUGUAACGUGAAAGCACUUCCUCCUCCGGAUACUUUCUUUUGGCAUAUCCAACCUGCGGACGAGGAUGUUCAACAACUAACAACGGGCUCAGCAAUCUUGCCUCUUUCACAAUUAACCGGAUCUCUAUCGAGGACCUUAGAUGCAAGCUGUGAAGCUGGAAAUGGCAUUGCAUCUCAAGAGAAACCAUGCAAAAAGAUAUUUAGUUUUGAACAAUUGCGACCCCCACAACCGCAGCAAUGUGACCUCGCAUUUGAAUAUGAAGAAUUCCAAAUGAGAUGCAUUCCAGUGGAAAACGCAACAUACUAUGAAGUAUCUGUAUGGCGAAUGUCAACGUCAAAUACUUCAUUGGUGCUUGAAAGAAGAGGAUCGAUGGGGUACGGAAUGAGUCAGGCUCUCGCGCAAGGCGAGGGUGUACCGUGGCUUGUUAGAGGCCCUCUCGGAAAUUUGAGGGUAGGAGACGAAGCGGGCGCCUCAGCUUGCAACAGAUACGGGUGUUCUACCGCACUGUUACUACGACCGACGGAGAACUUGUUACAAGCUACCGUUAAUCCUUGGUGGAAAUUUCUGUUAGAGAGAGACGUGGGAAUAUCAGUGGGAGCCGUGGUGCUGGUCACAGUGUUCGUGCUGUCCACCGUGCUCGCCGUGCGUAUCGCGCGACGCGCCCGUUCCAAGCCGACGCCGGUCAUACAAGUACUGCAGCUGGACGAAGUGGCCCGAGACUAUCUGGAAACCAUUGGAGAUCGUAAAGUACACGCUUCAUGCAGCCUCAGAUCUUGCAGCAGCGGGUACUCUGAUGGUUCAGCAGAGUCCGCUCCAACAGUGGACAGAAGACGUAAACCACGCCUAUGGGACUGGGAACCACCUCCAGACGUUACUCUCACAGUGCACAGAGAAAGCGCUGUAUAAUUUAGUGCUUAAUUAACAUGUACAGAAUAUAAUAUUUUAAUUUGAAAGAUGUAAAGUUUGAAUGUAGGUCAUUGAAAAGGUUAUAAUUAAAUUAUUUUAAGCUAAAUAAAUUUAACGUUGAACGUUAUCGAAAUGACGAA